ACAACUAAUCGAUGUUUUCCAAAACAAAACGGAAUGUUAAUCGAAUGUUGAACGUAAACGAUCUGAAGAAAAAAUUUCUUUACUGUUCGAGAUGGUUGUUAAAGUUGGCAGUUAUUGGCGACACUCGGUAGUUGUUGCGUUGGGGUUAUUAUUGUUUUAUGUUUUAGUGUCCAAACGCAUACAAAUACUGGAAAGUGCCCUUUUUAUGACCGACUCAAGACCGCAGUUGCAGACACAGGACGGUGAGCUGAUAUUCACUGAUGUCCAGCUAGCGAAAUUUAACGGUAAAGAUAGCGAACAACUGUAUCUGGUCAUUUUGGGGCACGUUUACGACGUCACAGAAGGUUCCAAACAUUAUGGACCGGGGCAGUCGUAUCAUAUGUUUGUCGGUCAUGAUGCAACGCGAUCUUUCGUUACCGGUGAAUUUGAUCAAUAUUCCGCAGAACUGAGCGAUGUUUCGUCGCUGAACGAUACGGAACUGCAGCAGCUACUGACGUGGAAGGAAUUCUACGAUAAAACGUACCGUUACGUGGGUAAACUAAUCGGACGGUACUUUGAUACGCUCGGAGAGGACACGGUUUAUUAUCGACACGUGUUGGGCCGUGCUGCUAAAGCAAAAGAUACUAAGGAAAGUGAUCGACAAUACCCUUCCUGCAAUGUCGAAUGGAAGCCAGAAACAGGCACGAGAGUAUGGUGCACGAAGCGCAGCGGAACCGGUCAGGAACGAUCGUGGGUAGGCCGACCUAGAAAGGUUGUUACCGAUGGUGAUGGGAACGUUGACGCUCGGAGCGUUCAGUUUUGUGCCUGUGUACCGGAGAAAGAUACAAACGUACAAUACGUACCAUUCCCAGGAUGCGAUACAACGGCGGAAUCUUGCGUUGUACCGGAUCAAAACUAAAAAUAAUCUAUCACUUAUUUACCUUCAUACUUUUUCCGUCCUUUAUACGCUUGCUUAGCAAGGAGUAGGCAUAUAACAGAAAAAAAACGCACAUAUCACUGGGUAGCAAGGAUACAAAACAAGUUGAGGAUAUUUUUUUACAAUGAAAUAAACGAAAAUUUAUUACCGUA